AUGCAAGUUAUACCAUUGAUACUGUUCGUUACUAUUCUUAUUUUAAAAGUCAGAAAUUCAGUUCAACAAAGAUGUAAUGAAAUACUGUCAGGAAAAGAUUAUCCAGGUUGGGAUAUACCAUCAUAUAGUCCUUUAUCUGGUUUACAAACAGCUGAAGCAUGCCGACAGAAAUGUGAGCAAACAAAUGAUUGUUACACGUGGGCAUUUCGUUCUACUGAUCGGGCAUGUUUUUUAAAGUAUCCAAUGAGUAGUUCACCUGUUGACAAUAGUAUAAUAACUAGUGGUAAAUGUUCUCCUCCAUCAGCACCAAAGAGAUGUACUGAACGGUUACAUAAUAAAAAUCAAAUAUUUGGUGAUAUUGCAUCUUAUAAUCCAAUUCGUAAUUUACAGCUUGAAGAAUGUAUUGAUAAAUGUAAUAAUUUACCACAGUGUUCAAAAUGGACAUGGAAUAAAAAUAAUCAUGAUUGUUGGUUGAAAACAGUAGAAGCAUAUGCACUAAAUGAUGAUAAUUCAUGUGUUAGUGGUAGUUGUGCUAAAUUUUUCGAAACUCUCGUCGGUAAAGAUUAUGUUGGCUAUGAUAUCGCACCAUUUAAUCCAAUACCUAAUGUACAAACAUUAUAUGAUUGUAUUUUUACGAAAUGUGAUAAAACUCCAGGUUGUUUUGCUUAUAGUUAUAGGCCAAAUACAAAAGAUUGUUAUUUAAAAGGCGUGACAAAUGGUAUUGCAAAUGAUGAUAAUGGUGUAAUUACUGGCCAAGUGUUGACACCUAUAGUUCAAAUACCGAAUGGAAUACGUUGUAAAACAUUAAUGAUGGGACAAGAUUAUUGGGGUGGUGAUGCAAAAAUAUAUUAUAAUGUACCACAGAUUUUUGAUUGUAUGGCAAAAUGUGAACAGUCACUUGAUGCGGUUAAAUGUACCUAUAUUCCAGCAACUCGUGAAUGCUUUAUUAAAACGGCUGAUACUCAACCAAUGAGUCAGAAAACUGGUAUUUAUUCAAGUUUCUGUGGUCAGUCGACUUGUAGAUGGACACCAUGUCAUUCAUUAUUGGAUGAUUUAAAAACUUGUGCAUGGCAACUAUGCGAGAGUUUGGCCAAAACUGAAUAUUGUUGUAAUGAUUGUACAUAUAUUGCACGUCAUGAAAAUAAUUGGGGAAAAUGUCAUUCAAUACUCGAUGGUUCAAUAUGUCCACCAGACUUAAAGACUUGUAAAUGGAAAUCUUGUGAUACGUUCAAUAAACAAGAAUAUUGUGCCAAUGAUUGUGCAGAAAAAAUCAGUCGUUGUUAUUGGUCACAAUGUCGUGGGAAAUUGGAUUUUUCAUCAGCUUGUCCAAAUGGAAUGGGUGCAAGUGAACAGACAAUGGCAAUUACUGACAUGCACGAUUGUACUAUUUUGCCUGGUAUUGUUGCACCAUCAAUUCCAGUAAAAGAUCACUGUUGGGCUGAUGGUUUAAUUGGUGAUGAACAAGAAUCAAAAGAAAACAAAUGUUUUGGACACGGUAGUAAGAGCGACCGUGAAAAAAUAUGUCCGACAGAUAUGUUUACAUGUUAUCACGACUAUGAUCGAUUUUGUUGUACAAACUCAUGUUAA